AUGCAGACCGGCGGCUACGAAUUUUCAACCGCGCCUCGCUCCGUCGCUACCAGACGCAUUAAGAGCUCCACAAUCGUCAAUGGUGAUGGCGAACGCUCGCAAAAUAUAAUGUUUAAUAAGCGCGUGCAUCGUGGGAGUGCCUACGUGAUACGGGAGGAGACCCCUGAUAGCCCAGGAAGAAGAGGAGGGGAAUCUCGCAAACUUAACACACUUACCACCCGAGCAGCACGAUAUCAGAAACAGGAGCAACAACGUCUACAGGAUCAACCCCCAACCACACCCCCACCAAUCAAUGGAAGAACGCACAUGGAUGUUCAAACAGACAGCUACCUAGAAGAAUUAACGGACAGAAUACCGGAAGUGGAUGUGGACACGCAGACUGAUGCACUGCUGAAUUUGCACCCGCCGAUUACUUUUGUGCCGUUACCUUCAGGCGUAGAUGUAGCCACACAAAUUGAGAUUAACGACUUAUUCGACUUUGACUUGGAGGUUGAGCCCAUUUUAGAGGUUCUGGUCGGUAAAGGUUUGGAGCUUGGAAUGCUUGAAUUACUGGAGGAGAAUGAGCUUCAAGACAUAUUUCAACGCCAGCAGCUGUUCGAGCAAGCUCGCAAUGCUGAGUUGGUCGAGGUACAGCGUCUUGAAGCAGAAGCAAAGCGCCGCUUUGCCGAGAAGCAGCGUCGUUUGGACCAAGAGACUGCACGUAUUGCAGCACAGGCCGAACUGGAAGAAAAAGUAGCGGCACGUGCAUCUGCCAAAAAUUAUUUGACUAGUUUGCAUGCACAGGUGUUUGAUACGCUUGUGGAAAGCGGUUACUUUUUUGACCCACUAGCAAAGGACAUUAAGGUGAACUUUCUGCCAGAGCUGUUCGAAAAUGCUGCAUCUCGUGCACAUCAGCUUGACGUUGGCAGGAGACUGCUCGAUACAAUUUUAAUAGACGCCUUGGAACGCGCAAAUUAG